AUGGCUACUCCACGGACCCCAAGGAGUGGGGUUGACUUCAACUUGCUCAUAUACAACCUCAAUGCGACCUAUAAUUUAGACCUUCCGAACCCACCAGUUUCAACUCCAAGACAGCGUCCUAUAGAGGGGCGAUCCUUGCCAGAAAGAUGUGUUGGCCUUGCAAAAUUCCUAUACUACGAUGACCCUGUCAAUUUUCAACGGGUGAUAGAUUCUUUUUCCGAGUGGGCGAUGGCUUUUUUCUCCGGGUGGGUUCAGAAACCAAAGCAAGAACCGGAGGUCCUGCCGUCUUCGCGUUCAUUCAUUCGUAGCAACACGAUUUCUAUGGCGAGGAACAUCACCCCGGAACAGCGCGCAAGAGUUCUUGACGAAUUGUGGAAAGUCCUUAGCGAUGAGGAAUAUAUUGUGACCAGAGGAGCCUCUAGGAUACCACGAGGUGCGAGUGUCUCCUCCCCUGCAGGUGCCAGAUCGGGGCCGGGAUGCGACUCAGGGGUCGCAGCUACUACUACGGGGGAUCCAAUGGCAGGAUCCGGAACGAAAUCAAACGGCGCCCCCAAAGUUCCGCCAACAGCACCUGCCAAGAUGCCACCUUCCCCAACUAAAAGAAAGGAAGUUGUUGAUCAUUCAGAGGUAUUUUCGACUGCUCCCAGUACUCCUUCCAAUCCGUUGCACAUGAUGUCAUCGUCGUCGUCUGACGAUGAAUUUGAGAAUUCCGAUCUGGAUAACCUUGAUAUCAAUCUUGAUAUUUCUUCAUUGGGCUUGGCUGAUUCUUCCGACAAUAACCAGGGACCAAAGGCUCCAAAACAACGGAGGAUUGAUGAAUACAUGACGACUUCCAAAAAUGUCCGGAAAUCUGUCUCUUCACCUUCUGGGAAGCCUCUAAAUAAUGAAAAUACGAGCUUUCAAACAGUCACUACAGAACAAUCGAACUCAUUUGGAGCUAGUUUCGGGGCCAGUACUCCUGCUACCUCCUUUUCUCGGAGCUUCGAGACGGGCCAGUUUGAUUUGAAUGAGGCAUCCACAUACUCUUCCACCGCCAGGCCACCACCAGAUGCCAAAUUCUCGGGUUUAUGGAGCAAUGCAAACACAACAAGUCCGUCCAAAAAUACAAAAAUGCAACCGGAAGCAGAUCUUGAAUGGCGAGAACAAAAGAUUCGCAAUAUUAUCCAGGAUUUGGAGGAGAACGGCCCAUUUUCUAGCCAAAACGUGGUUAAAACCACUGUCCCCCUACGGUACCGAUAUGAAGCGCAAAGAGCAGCCAAUUUUUUUAAAGUCCCCGCUGAGAAUAUUCUUCAGAAAUUAGAUAGGCGGAAGUUACCUGAGUAUGAAGAUUUCUGGAAGUCUCUUCAUGAUGGCGAGCAGGAGAGGUUGGAGAAAACAGCUCCAGAGCCAUGGGAUAUGGCAGUUGACCAAUAUAAGGACAGGAAAUUGACUGGAGAUGUGAUGACCUUGAGCUGCGAACUGACGUGGUGCUCGCAAAAAGAACCAGGCUACUUUAAACUUACUUUGAAGCCUUUGAAACUUUUGAGGGGUUACCGAUUUUGCCGACGGUUUGGCUCGGAUCGAUUUCUUGAACUGACGUACCCCAUCUUGACAGAGCCACCAGCACAUCUUGUUCGAAAAGGAAAUGCGGUGGAAAAGGAGAUUUUGAUCGACGCGAUUUCGCGUUGGAUGGCGACUAGUGAACACCAUCUAGUGGGGAGAGUUUGGAAGGUAUUGUAUCUUGAAGACAUUCAAAAUAAACAGAAAAAGGCGAAAAAAUAUGAUAGUGGAGAAAUAAGAGCUGGAGGGAGCGCAAUAGAAACUCCUCACAAGCAAAAGGCGUAUUUCUUUGCCACUGAUGGGAUCGAUUUUCGUAAAGCCAGAGACCCUCUGGAGAUUCCUCCGCAGGGCGAAACGUCUGGGCAACGCACUAGUAUGAGUAUCGACGCAUUGAUUGAUUGGCACAUGCCUAGAGCCAAAAACGGUCAUCAAUCUGAUAUGAAACUCUUCCAGAGGCUCCACCUUGGAUUAUCCCGUACAUUGGCCACGGUAAUCCUACGACGGGAGGAAAUCAUUUAUGUCAAGAAUCCUCCGGGAACGGUAAUGAAUGAUGGCUGCGCGUUGAUGUCUAAGUCGCUGGGAAUGGCAGUUGCCUCCGCUUUGGGCCUGGAUGGCCACCCGGCUAUUUUCCAAGCAAGAAUUUCCGGCGCAAAAGGGGUAUGGAUGGUGGAUCUUGACGAUUCAAGAUUUAAAACUGGUGACCGAGGGUUUUGGCUUCAAAUUACCCAGUCACAGCUCAAAAUACAUCCCGCCCCUCCGCAUGAUACAAAGCCCAUGGAUGAUACGCAGCUGACGUUUGAAGUCGUUCAAUGGUCGCGGCCGCUCAGUCCUGCUUCGCUGAAUAUGCAGCUCCUCAAUAUUCUUCAACAUGGUGGAAUCCGCAAUGACCAUAUCAGAAACCUGAUUAAACAAGAAAUGUCUUCAUUUUAUGAUGAAUUUUUGCGAACCCUUUUGUGUUCCAGUGGUGUUGAGUGUCGCAGCUGGUUGCAGAAAAUGAAAUGGAUCACCAAUGGGAGUUCCAAACGGCAGCCCAAGCGUACCGACAACUUUUUCCCAUCCCAAUAUGCGGAACAGGCAAUCAUGCUUUUGGAUGCUGGCUUCUUACCAUUAAAACUUCCGUAUCUAACUAAGAUAUUUAGGCGACUGCUUCAAGAUUAUCUAGAUAACCUUAAAAAACUAAAGAUCACAGUCUCUCAAUCAACGUUCGCAUAUUGCGUUGCGGAUCCCUUCGGAGUAUUGAGACCAGAUGAAGUUCAUCUUGGGUUUUCUCGUGAAUGGGAACAUGGAUCUGCCGGUACGGAACUCCACGACAUUGAUGUCCUUCUCGCUCGUUUGCCUGCUCAUCUUGCAACCGAUAUCCAAAAACGAAGGUCGGUUUACAAAAAUGAGCUACGACAUAUGAAGGAUGUCAUAGUUUUCCCGACUACUGGAGAUACACCACUUGCUUCACUGCUCUCUGGGGGCGAUUAUGACGGAGACCAGUGUUGGGUCUGCUGGGAUCCAAUUAUUGUGCGCGAGUUCAAGAGCACUGAGUUCGAUCCAGGAACGGUGCCAUCAGCAGAAAGUCUUGGACUCCGUUCCUGCUCAACCCUGAUGAGUGAAAUAGGGUCUACGGAAGAGUUCCUAACCAAUGCUUUUCGGUUCAAUGUAAAACCGUCGAAACUAGGACAAUGCACCAUCGAGCGUGAAACAUAUUGUUACCACGAAAAUAACAUUGCCUCUCCUAUGGCGGUUAAGUUGGCCUGGCUGCUUAGUUAUCUAGUAGAUAGCAAGAAGGCCGGGCUGGAACUGACCGAUGAUGCUUGGGAGUAUUUAAAACCAAAAUACUCAAAGGUAAUUACUGAGAAGCAACCGCUAGUUCCUGCUUACAAGUCUCUUUCCAGAGGCUUCAAACCCCUGGUGUGGAACAGCUGCAAUAUCAUCGAUUAUCUACUUUUCGAUGUUAUUGUGGCCGAAAGUGAUCAAAUGCUAGUCCGGUUCGACAAAUUCUGCAGCGAGCAUUGUGAACUCCCUUUGGAUCACGACUUACUAUCCGAAUGGGGUAAGGUGGAAAAACGGGGAAUUAAGGAAAAGGAUGAAAUGAACCCAGUUCUAUACAAUGCUCUGAACGAUAUUAAAAAGAGAUUCAGAGACAAGAAAAUCAACUGGGAGAGGCAGCACGGCCUGAAUAGCGAAACACCAUACUCCAGGAAGAUCCUUGAGGCGGCUCAAAGCCUACAGGAGCUUACUCCUCCCAAUUUUGACCACCCUCUAAGCCACACAUGGGCGAAUAGUACCUACGAAUGGGAACGGCUACGUGCGUUAUGUGCGUACAAGGACUGCAGAUCGGAUUUCGUGUGGUAUGCAGUUGGCCCAGUCCUUUGCGAAAUUAAAGCAAAGGCCAUGGGGCAGUGUCGAAUCGUUUUGCCGAAUAUCCAUAAAGUCUUACAUGUGAACCGCAAUGUGGCCAAGAGGGUGGCAGAGGAUGUUAUGAGGCGGAAUGCAGGUGAAUUGAGUGGUGAUGAGGGCGGGGGCGAGGACGAUUAUGAUGAUGAUGAUGAUGAAUUUUUCGAUAUCGAUCCCUUUUCUUUCCCAGAAGACUUGGAGAGGGAUAUCGACGACACAACAUCUCACAAUAGCUUCCCAUGAAGAGACCAAGGUAGGUGCUGGAAACGAUACUUUUGCCUGGUCUUCUAGAUCGAAGUCGAAUGUCCUAUUUGUUUAAUUACAUUUCUCACACCUUCUCGCCCCCCCUUUCCUCCCUCUUUUUCUUUUCUUUUUCUUUCUUUUUAUCUAUUUUACCAUGCUUUUGGUUUCUGGUGUUCGAGGUUCACCACAUGGUACCAUUUUGGAUGGAGCAUUGAUCUAUUUUUGACUUCUGUUUGUCAAGCGUAUUUCCCAUAUGCACACAUUUUUCUAUUUCAUAUUUUCUUUUGAGGAUAGUCUAUUUUUGCGCCCACAUGCACAAAUUUAUUUAUUGGAUUGGUUUUU